AGCUCGCACCGUUUUCACUCUAAGGGCUUUGCCAGAUCGCUUCAAGGAAAUGUCAGACAACCAGAGCUGGAACUCCUCCGGCUCAGAGGAAGAUUUAGAGCCCCGAGAGGAGCCCCUGCAUCCGACCGGGAUCGGGGAGUUCAGCGGAGUUCUCAGUAAGUGGACAAACUACAUCCAUGGUUGGCAGGACCGUUGGGUGGUGCUGAAAAACAACACACUGAGCUACUACAAAUCUCAGGAUGAGACUGAGUACGGCUGUCGAGGUUCCCUCUGCCUUAGCAAAGCUGUUAUUACUCCUCAUGAGUUUGAUGAGUGCCGACUGGACAUAAGUGUUAACGACAGCGUUUGGUACCUGAGGACACAAGAUUCUGAUCACAGACACCAGUGGGUCGAAUCCAUUGAGCUGCACAGGGCUGAUUCUGGAUACGGCUCAGAGUCCAGUCUGCGGAGACAUGGCUCCAUGCUGUCUCUCACAUCAGCCACCAGUGGCUACUCUGCCACCUCCACAUCAUCCUUCAAGAAGGGUCACAGCCUGAGAGAGAAGCUGGCAGAGAUGGAGACCUUUCGUGAUAUCUUGUGCAGGCAGGUGGACACGCUUCAGAAGUACUUUGACAGCUGUGCAGAUGUUUCCAAAGAUGAGCUGCAGAGAGACAGAAUUGUGGAGGAUGAUGAAGAUGACUUCCCCAACACCCGAUCAGAGGGAGAUUUUCUGCACAACAACAAUGGCAGCAAAGAAAAAUUGUUCCAGUCGUCGAGUCCCAAAGGAAUCAAUGGUAUAGAUUUUAAGGGUGAAGCCAUCACGUUCAAGGCCACCACGGCCGGGAUCUUAGCCACCCUGUCGCACUGCAUCGACCUCAUGGUGAAGAGAGAAGACAGCUGGCAAAAGAGACUGGAUAAGGUGGAUGGAAAGAGGAGAAGAAUAGAGGAAAGCUAUAAAUCCACCCUCAACGAGCUGAAAAAAAAGUCUCACUUUGGAGGUCCAGAUUACGAGGAGGGUCCAAACAGCCUCAUCAACGAGGACGAAUUCUUCGACGCAGUGGAAGCUGCUCUUGACAGACAGGACAAAAUAGAAGAGCAGUGUCAAACUGAGAAGACCAGGAUACAGAGAUCCAGCCCCGUUCCCCCUGGAGACGUCUAUUCCACUGUUGGUUCUCACAGAUUUACUGACAAGGUAGAAGAGAUGGUGCAGAAUCACAUGACCUACUCCCUGCAGGAUGUUGGUGGAGAUGCUAACUGGCAGCUGGUUGUAGAAGAAGGAGAAAUGAAGGUGUACAGGAGAGAAGUGGAAGAAAAUGGGAUUGUCCUGGACCCACUGAAGGCCACGCACAGCGUGAGGGGGGUGACCGGUCAUGAGGUCUGCCACUACUUCUGGGACACCACGUACCGCAACGACUGGGAGACCACCGUUGAAAACUUCAAUGUCGUGGAGACAUUGUCAGAAAAUGCAGCAAUUGUCUAUCAAACACACAAGCGAGUGUGGCCUGCAUCUCAGAGGGAUGUCCUGUACCUGUCGGCUAUGAGGAAGGUGUUGAGCAGCAACGAGAACGACCCAGACACGUGGCUGGUCUGUAAUUUCUCAGUGGACCAUGAUGAAGCGCAGCUAACCAACAGGUGUGUCCGUGCCAAAAUCAACAUCGCCAUGAUCUGUCAGACGCUCGUCAGCCCACCAGAAGGAGACAAGGAAAUCAGCAGAGAUAACAUCCUGUGCAAAAUCACCUACGUUGCAAAUGUGAAUCCUGGAGGCUGGGCUCCCGCCUCUGUGCUCAGGGCUGUGGCUAAGAGAGAGUACCCCAAGUUCCUCAAACGCUUCACUUCCUAUGUCCAAGAAAAAACUGCUGGCAAACCCAUCUUAUUCUAAAGCCCACCGGCAACACGGAUCAAAAGGUGGACACAACACAUCUGAGUUAAUUUAGUAGGAUUUGGGUUAGGAUUAGAAUUUAGGGUUUUAAGGUUUUCUGUCUGAAUGAAAGGCAUGAGGCUACAUUCAAAUAUCUAAGACAACCCCUGACCUUUGAGUCAACAGACUUCAGUUAUUUGAAAUGUGGAGAUUUCUCCUUUUGUUGUGGUUUGAUCAGUAAACUUGGGAAAUUGUGUCAUUUAAAAGCAAAUUCUUGAAAAGGUUUUACACACAUCUGUAAUUAUAUGCCUCCAGCAUUAGAGAUGUUAUUCUGCGCUCAGCUCAUGUCUCUUCUGACAUAUAUAAAUAUGUAUGUUCUGUAAGUAGUUUGUAAAGAGAUCUUUGCUAAUAGACUGAAAAAUCUAGUUCAUGUUAAUUUUCAUAUUUUCAAGGCCCAGUUUUGUUUUUUUGUUGCUGCUAACUUUUAUUUCUAAACAUGACCACACUUGUCAUAAGUCCUGAGGGUUGUCACAAACUCAUGACCCCUAUGAUAUAAGACUUGAUUCUCGACUUUCUCCCAUGAAAACACCUCCGAUGGUGCUGAUGGAGGAAUCAGUCAAAAAAGGUUUCACACGUCAUGUACAAAACAAGAGUUUAUGUACAGUGUUUGUUUCUUUGUUAAUGUUGCAGUGUGAUAUAACACACCUGUACUUUGAAUGUUAAAAGAAUUGUACAGUGUCGCUAGCAUUUCUCUGAAAGUCUGCAAAUUGUUUGACCGAGUCGAGCCCAAAUGCCUUAGUGUGAUGGGAGGGUAUAGCUUCAGAUGGUCAGUGCACCCUGAAGGCAGGAGGCACUAGCCAAGUGCCUCCUGGCUGGGAACAGAAAAGCUCGGCUAUGUUUAGAUACUGGAAUCGAUUGUUAUAAGAGCAAGGUACUUAAAUUCUUAAGAGGUUUAUUUGUUACAAUAUGGGAAUAAAAUUCUGAUUGGAUAAACUGCUGGUAACUUAGUGAAUCCACUAUGAGACAUUUAAGGUUGUUUUUACAGCCUCCCCCAACAUUUUAUAGCCACAGACCAGGAGCUCUAACACCACACUGCAAAUGUUUUGUCUUGACUCAUUUAAGUGAUGAUAGAUUUUCAGUUGUUUUACCAAGCUUUGCUGUUAAGUCUAGCUAAAAGACAAAGGUGAGAGAAAGUGAAGCCACGUGAGACUCUGCAGCCCUGCAGCUCAGUAGGAACCAGGCUGAAGCUCCUUCACCUAAAGCAGAGGUUUCUAAUCAGUUUAGUCCUAAUCGCAUUGUUAGAAACUGAAUGUAAUUAGAAAUUCAUUUUUGUAAAUGAAUUGUUUAUAUUGGGAUCAACUUACAAAUGUACUGUGACAACAUGGCACGUGAUCUGCCCUGUUUAAAGUGAAAUAAAUAAGUUUAUCUCUCA